AUGGCGAGAGCAAAAGAAACGGCCCUACCCCGAUUCUACGGUCUCCCAAAAGUGCACAAAGAGGGCGCUCCUCUCCGGCCUAUCGUAUCACUAAGGGGCACUCCAACAUACGGACCGGCAAAGUGGCUUUUCCAACGUCUCAAGUUUCUGACCUCCGAUUCGAACACUACAGUCAACUCGUCAACGCAAUUCUUGGAGAAACUUAAAGGAGUAAGUCUCCUGUCAAGCGAUAUCAUGGUUUCCUUUGAUGUCACGUCCAUUUUUACUUCUAUCCCGCAGGACCUGGCAGUCGAAACCAUCGAACUACUCCUACGAAAGAAAUAUGACAAAACGGAGAAUCGCCUCAGACACGCCCAAAUCAUCCAGCUCCUGAAGUUCUGUCUCAAGACGUACUUUAUGUUCGGCGGAACAAUCUACGAGCAGAUGAAGGGAACGCCAAUGGGUUCGCCGAUUACGGGACUAAUAGCCGAGCUGGUCCUACAACGGCUAGAGUCGCUGGUUUUCCGACACCACAGACCGAAAUUUUGGGCUCGGUAUGUGGAUGACACCUUCGUCGUUAUCGAACGGGAUCAGGUGCUGACGUUCAAAGAACAACUCAACGCCGUCUUCCCCAACAUCCAAUUUACGAUGGAGGAGGAGGAAAACAAUCAGCUGGCCUUCCUGGAUGUCCUCGUCUGCCGAAAAGAUUGUGGUGGCCUAAAAACCAAAGUGUUCAGAAAAGCGACAAAUACGACGCAAAUACUGAACUUCAAUAGCAACCAACCGAUCAGUCACAAACGCAGUUGUGUGAGGGCGCAAUACCGGCGCGUUGAGACGCACUGCAGUUAA